GGGAAACAAAACAAAGCGGUCCGAUCGAAUUAGAAAGCUUCCUUGUUCAUCAAGACCGACUAAACGCUGCUUUUUUAAAAGUAUGCGAGGUUCAUAGUAUAGAUUCUUUGAAAGACGUCCAAGAGUUUUGUUUGAGGUACUUAGUGGAGUCUAAAAGAGAUGUUUUAACUUGUUUGCCGACUGGAUAUGGGAAAAGUCUUCUCUUUCAAGCCUGGCCGACCGUCUCCCAGAAUUUGGAGGGGUACUAUUGAGAUCCAAUUUUGCUUGUUGUUUGCCCUCUCACAUCUAUUAUGGAAUAUCAAGUAAAAUACCUCAACGAGAAGGGGAUAUCCGCCGCAUAUGCGGGCCAAGAUGAAAGAACAGACGCUGACAUAGCAGUUGGACGGUUUAGUCUUGUGUUUGGUUCUCCAGAACUGCUUGUUGGAGUUAAAAAGUGGAGAGAUAUGCUCCAAACAAAUGUAUACCGGGAACGUCUUAUUGGCAUGGCUGUCGACGAAGUGCACACCGUUGUACAAUGAACCCGGAAACAACGCAGAGAAACAGGCUGACACUGACAGCUUGUUCGCAUUUCACCGCUCAUUUAUCUGAAAGUGGGUCCCUACAUAAAAGCAAGAUGCCUGGCCUUUGGCAAGAUGCCAUGGACCACGCCGUGACCUUGGCCAGGAAAGCAGGAGAGAUUGUGAGGGAUGCUUUGCAGAAUGACCUUAAGAUCAUGUGUAAAAGCUCGUCUGUUGAUCUGGUGACUAAAACAGACCAGAAUGUGGAGCAGCUGAUUAUUACAUCAGUGAAGGAGAAGUUUCCUGAACAUAGUUUCAUUGGGGAAGAGUCAGUGGCUGCUGGAGAGCCUUGUGUUUUAACUGACAACCCCACAUGGAUUAUUGACCCUGUGGAUGGAACCACAAAUUUUGUGCAUGGAUAUCCGUUUGUUGCUAUAUCCAUUGGCUUCGCUGUCAACAAAACGUUGGAGUUUGGUGUGGUGUACAGCUGCAUAGAAGACAAAAUGUACACUGCUCGAAAAGGAAAGGGGGCAUUUUGUAACGGACAGCCCCUACAUGUGUCAGACCAGAAAGAGAUCAACCAGUCAAUCAUCGCUACAGAGUUUGGCUCUAACCGAGAUCCUGAAGUAGUUGCCAAGAUUUUUUCCAGCAUGAGGAAGAUCUUGUGUCUGCCAGUCCACGGGAUACGUGGUGUAGGAUCUGCUGCUAUCAACAUGUGUCUGGUGGCCUCUGGUUGUGUGGAGGCUUAUUAUGAGAUUGGCAUCCACUGUUGGGACAUGGCAGCUGGUGCCGUCAUAGUUUCUGAGGCAGGAGGAGUUCUUAAGGAUGUUGAAGGUGGACCACUGGACCUGAUGUCUAGAAGAGUUGUUGCAGCCAAUAAUGAAAUAAUUGCUGAGAGAGUCAUUAAAGAGAUUGAAGCAUUUCCUGCUGUUAGGGAUGACGUACCUGUAAACCCUACAAAAUAAACCUUGUCUUUAUUCA